UAUCCACAAGACAACCCUUUGCAGUGGAUGGUGGGAAUUCAGCUGAGUUUUGUGGUUCUUGGUUUUGUCAUACCCUUCCCUGUUAUAGCAGUGUCCUAUGCGCUGUUGGCAAACAAUCUGGCUUCCUCUUCCUCUCAUUCCCCUUCAAAUGGCGACCAGGAUCUCAGCGUGAGCGGGAAGGUCAUCCUCACGUACAUAGUGGUUUUCAUAGCUUGCUGGGCACCCUAUCAUGCUGUGCUGUUAGCCGAUGCGCUAGCGAUGCUAGGUGUGUUCCCGCUGGGUUGCAGUUCAGAGAACGGCCUUUUUGUGGCGCUGCACCUUACACAAUGCCUGUCGCUGCUGCACUGCUGUGUGAACCCCGUGGUCUACAGCUUUGCUCACCGUCACUACCGCUAUGACCUCAUGAAAGCCUUCAUCUUUAAAUACUCCAAACAUACAGGGUUGGAGCGACUCAUGGAGGGCUCUCAGGGCACCGAGAUGGAGUACGCAAUGGUGGAAAACACCCCUACGGCUGUGAGCUAGGACCCUCAAGAACAUCAUCCUCAACCGAAGUUCUGCUCUGCUUCAAAACAUGAAGUCCUCUGACAUGUUUUCCUGAAAUUUAGAUAAACAGAACUAAAUGUUUUUCAAAUGCUCAACAGUGACUCCAAAGAUACUGAAUAAUUCAUUUGAAAUGUGCCAAAGACUGAUGGGAUUUUGUAAAAUCAGGACCACUUUGAGAUGUUUUCAUGAAAUUCUGGUCAAAUUUACCAUGCGUUCUGUCAAAAUUGCAGCAAAUGACACCAAAGCAGUGACACCAAAGAUACUAAUCAAUUCAUCUGAAAUGUUCCAAAGACUGAUAGUAUAUUUUAACAUCAGAACCAUGAACACCCAAACAAUGAAUUGAUUCCAAAUGAACUGGUAGCCUAAAUUUGGUCAUUUUGAAGCACCUGAUUUUAGUGUGUUACAGCUUGGUGCUGUAUCAUAAUUGUGUCCAAUAAUGACUUCCCAAAAAUGUUUGAUGGCUUUCAGUCAUCAUAAUAUGAUACAUAAUGCAAUAUACAAAAA